AUGGCAUCAUCCAAAGAAAUGCAGCAGUCCUCGCGGCCAUUGACUCAGAACCGCUCCCCCAUGUCGACAACCGCGUCGGGCCUGCCCGGCCGUCAAACCCACGCUCGGGCGACCUCGCACUCGCUGCUUACCGGUGCCCUCAACGCAAACCACCGAGUCACUCGACGAAAGUCGGUUACGAACCCGAGCUCCAACAUCACCUCCGCCUUGGCCGCUGCCCUCCGGGAUGGUGACCGGUCCGCCGCUGUGCCGAUUGCAAACGGUGGCCGCCGAAUGUCCAAGAGCGCCGCUGCCAGGGCGGCCCUCGUUGGCAGCCUUCCCUCCCCGCCAGCCAGCCUUCCAAACCAUAAGUCGAUGCCCGAUCCGAAGCGAGAGCUCAAUGGUAGCGCCAUCGAGGACGAUCCGAACGACGGCUCGGCCGACGAGGGAGCGACCAAGUUCCAGAAGGCUCGUCAGAGGCGUGCCAGCGACGGUCAGACUCUCAAGGAGGGCAAGAAGAGCAACCGGGUCGAGGUCCGCUGCGACAAGUGCGGCAAGGGCUACAAGCACAGCAGUUGCUUGACGAAGCACUUGUGGGAGCACACUCCCGAAUGGUCCUACACCUCGAAGCUGCUCAUCUCGAAGCACCAGCAAGUCCAGCUGCUUGAGGCUGCGUCUGUCCUUGUUGCCAUGAACGGCAACGGAAAGGACAGUGCCGCAACUCCUCCCGACUCUGCCAAGGACUUCCAAAGCGAGGCCGGGUCUUCUUCACCUGCGGCUUCGGGGUACUCUGACCCCGCAGAGCGACAGAGCUCUGCCGACACAACCCCGCCACCAUACGCCGAGGGGCUGAAUGUCAAUGGCACUUCUUACCGAAACAAGCGUCACAGCAGCAACGGCGGGUAUGCAACGAGCUUCCAGUCCACAUCGGCGGCUUCGUUUGGCGCUGGGAGUGCGCCAUUUGGCUCAGGAUUCGGUCACUACCGGCAGCCGAGCAACGACCACCGACCAACGUCAUCCGGCCGCAACGCAACGGGCGAAGAUGAUCGGGACCUGGCUGCGGCGGUGGAGCUCCUCAGCUGCAGCUUUGGUAGCAACAAUGGGUCUCGCAACGCCGGACUUCCCGCAGAUGCGCCCCCUGUCCCUCCGCUGCCGGCGCAGUACCUCGACCAAGCAACUCCGCUAUCAGCAGCGGGCUUCAUCAACAGCUAUCCCAGCCGACAACCUGAAAGUUUCACACGAGGCGAAAUGAGACGACCCAGCGAGGACGUCAAGAUGGAGGAGAGCGGCGAUUCGGUCAUGGACGACGACGAUUUCGAGAUGCGUUCGCGGGGUCGCAGCGAAGAUGACGACGACGGUGUUUUCGGUCGCAUGGAGGAAUGA